UGUACGGUGUUUAAAUGAAUCAAUCUUCAAUACAUGUUUGAAAAUAAAUAUGUCAAUGCACUUAAAAAUUCUUGAUAUGGUAGCAUGUGUCUUUAAUCCCAGACUCAGGAGGCAGAGUCAGGCAGGUCUCGUAUGAGUUCAAGGCAAAGCUGGCUUCUGUGUAUAGAGAGUUCCAGGCUGGCCAUGAUUGCAUGGCGAGGCCCUGUCUUAAACAUUGUUAUAAAGAUCACAUUAUUUCAUAUACUUGUAUUUCAGUUUGCUUUUUUAUUUAGUGAUUGUGUUGUUUAGCAGGAGCAUCUCUGUUAGUAAUGUGUCUUACAAGCAUGAGGCCCUGAGCUCAGGUCCUCAGCAUCUACCUUAAAAAUCCAGCCGCAGUGAUAUAAGCCUGUGAUCCUAUCUCUGGGGAGUAGAGACUGACUGGAGCUGGCGGUGAGCUCAGACUCAGUGUGAGAACCUGGCUGAACAAACAAGAGAACACUGGUGUCAGUUUCUGACCUCCAUAUGCACAUGCAUGCAUGCAUGCAUGCACACACAAAGACAAUGUGUGUGUUGAUAGCUAGAGACUUCUUAGAUUUUUGAAUACCUCAAGUUUUCAGGCAUUUGGCUUUAAAAUCCUCUUUCGAGUUAUAGGAACUACUUAUGUGGUAUAUAUUAGGAAAAUUGAAUGCAUUCUGAAAAAAAUACUUUCCUGAGAUUUCCUUUCAACAAUACUUUUGAAGCACAGAUAAACUUGCUUCCUGUCUCUCAGUUUCCUGUAUCCAUGGCAACCCCUGUUUUACACAUUGGCUGUAGAGGAACCAGUGUGAAGAGUGGCGUUUCCUGCACAAGCUAGGACUUUAAAAUUCAAAAAAGGUGGAGUUCUGGAGGUCAGCAGUAGCCCAGAAAGAGCUGAGUUAAGGACCGGUGCUCUGCAGAGUUAAAACAAAAGCCUAAAAGCCAGGAUGAUAUGAUUUCCUUAUUCUUGAAUUACAUCCAAGGGUACCUAAACUAUUGUCUUCAUUGACUCCUCUUCAGGCAAAUUCCAAUUUUGUGAAUACAAACUUUUGGGUCUUCAAGAGUGGCUAGCCUGGUCAGCCAUUGCUGUAAACAUCUGUUUUCAGAAUCCCCUAUCCAUGUGUGGCAGAGCAUUAUGUUAUAUUAAAUGGACUGACAUUACAAAUUGCCUUUACCUUCGACCAAUAUAUCCAGACCUUGGGCUGUAAAAUUUCUUCCUAUUCGUCACAAGACCACUGCACUAAUGAUGGCCUGGCAUAAAGUAACCACAAGUGGGAAACCUUUGGAAAGCACUGUGCCGGAGAGCAAUACCAUCUGGGAACCGGUCCGAACUUCCCCGGCCAGUAGAUCUUUUCAAGAGAGUACACUUGGUAAUGCACUGGAGAAGACUGCAGUGGUGCCUGUGCAGAUACAGCUCACAUCUGUUACCUUGAGCCCGGAAAAAAACGCUGCUCUACCAAUUGAUGACUCUUCUGUGUCAGGAAAAACAUCUCUAAUUUGUACCCAAGAAGUUGAGAAGUUGAAUGAGGCAUUUGACUUUUUGCUAGCUUUUUUCAUCUUAGCUUGUAUUUUAAUCAUUUUUUUGAUCUACAAAGUUAUUCAGUUUAAACAAAAACUAAAGGCACUAGAAGACUCAGUGGAAAAUAGACUUGAGUAUUACAGCUUUUAUCAAUCAGCAAGGUACAAUGUAACUGCCUCAGUUUGUCACACCUCUCCGGAUUCUCUGGAAAGUCCUGGCUUACAACAGAUUGGACUUGAUAAACAAAUUGUUCCUGAAAAUGGGGCACAAGUUAUUCUCUUUGAACAUUCUGCUUUAUGACUCAAUUAAAUAUUGACUAAAAAAUUCCGUAGUGCCAUAUGGCCUUAAAACUUAAUCCUUCUCAAAGAAUUAUGUUAGGAUUGUUAAAGUGUUUAUUAGUAAUUUGAAUAAAGUGUAUUUGUUCUGCAUAUAUCUUCUUUGAUAUUGUACCAAGACAAGUAGUCAGCUUUCUGGGUAUUGAACAUCAUGUUAAAUAUGUCACAAAUUAUGUUUAUUUCUAAUGUCUUUGUAAGGUUGUCCUAUCUAUAUUAAAUUACACAUAAGGAAAAAUAGGGAGAAAGUUUAACUGAUUUUUCAAGAUUCUCACGGCGUAUGACAUGUUUUAACUCUGUUGGACUUGAGCUGAAGCUUUUCAUUUUAUGCUUUGUUGUUGCCUAGGCACUAGGAUUAUAAUGUUCAAAAAUUAGAUGUGGUUCCUAUUCUUGCUUGAACUUGAACCUAGAAGAAGACACACGAUUAGUAUGCAGUAUGUUAAGUGCUGUUCUCGUAAGCACUUUUGAAUAUAUGUGGUGAUGAAGGCUAACUUUAUGAAAAAAUAAGCAUUAAAACUAUCAUUCUGUGCCUAGAAGCACACAUCACUCGGUGCUCAAGAGACAGAGGGAAGUAGAUUCUGUGAGUUC